AUGACGGAAGUGAGUUGGACUCCUCUUCACGAGGCAGUGUCCCACGGUCACUAUGAGAUCAGUAAGCACCUGAUCCAGGCAGGAGCUCUGGUCAACUGUACUGGAGAAAAUGGAACCACACCUCUACUUGAUGCUGUAGUAGAGGGACACCUGCAGAUAGCAGAGUUGCUGUUGAAGCACGGGGCAGACCCUCUACUGAAGAACAAUGACGGACAGACAGCCUAUAGCAACACCACAGAACCCUCUCUGAUUAAACUCAUGGAGAAAAACAUCCCCAAUAACAAGAGAAAGGAAGAAGCGUUGAGAGGUCAGGAGCAGGAGAACCCAUGGCACUGUGUCCAGGAACAUCCCUGGGGGUCCCAGAGCGGGCGGACCGUCACCCCUCUGAAUAUCCUCCACCGGAAGAACUGUUACGGGGAGACUCUACUCCACAUUGCAGCCAUUCAGGGAGACACCCAGGGGGUCAGAGACAUGCUGUCACAGGGGCUCGACGUCAACAUGCCCGAUAAUGCAGGUUGGACUCCUCUUCACGAGGCAGUGUUCCACGGUCACUAUGAGAUCAGUAAGCACCUGAUCCAGGCAGGAGCUCUGGUCAACUGUACUGGAGAAAAUGGAACCACAGCUCUACUUGAUGCUGUAGUAGAUGGACACCUGCAGAUAGCAGAGUUGCUGUUGAAGCACGGGGCAGACCCUCUACUGAAGACAAACAACGGACAGACAGCCUUUAGCAACACCACAGAACCCUCUCUGAUUAAACUCUUGGAGAAAAACAUCCCCAAGAACAAGAGAAAGGCACUAGCAGCACCAACAAAACGACCUGCAGACUCGUCCCAACUCAGCCCGUCCCAAAGUGGAACAGGGAGAAAGCUCAGGAGGUUACCAGUUCAGGCAGAUCAGACCAGCACUGACCAGGAGAGAUACCAGCAGAGACGCACAACAACCAGGUCUGAAACCAGCAACACUGACCAGCAGAGAGACACACCAACCAGGUCUGAAACCAGCAACACUGACCAGCAGAGACGGACAACAACCAGGUCUGAAACCAGCAACACUGACCAGCAGAGACGCACAACUACCAGGUCUGAAACCAGCAACACUGACCAGCAGAGAGACACAACAACCAGGUCUGAAACCAGCAACACUGACCAGCAGAGACGCACAACUACCAGGUCUGAAACCAGCAACACUGAACAGCAGAGAGACACAACAACCAGGUCUGAUACCAGCAACACUGACCAGCAGAGAAGGACAACAACCAGAUCUGAAACUAGCAACACUGACCAGCAGAGACGCACAACAACCAGGUCUGAAACCAGCAACACUGCCCAGCAGAGACGCACAACAACCAGGUCUGAAACCAGCAACACUGAACAGCAGAGAGACACAACAACCAGGUCUGAUACCAGCAACACUGACCAGCAGAGAAGGACAACAACCAGGUCUGAAACUAGCAACACUGACCAGCAGAGACGCACAACAACCAGGUCUGAAACCAGCAACACUGACCAGCAGAGACGCACAACAACCAGGUCUGAAACCAGCAACACUGACCAGCAGAGACGCACAACAACCAGGUCUGAAACCAGCAACACUGACCAGCAGAGAGACACAACAACCAGGUCUGAAACCAGCAACACUGACCAGCAGAGAGACAUAACAACCAGGUCUGAAACCAGCAACACUGAACAGCAGAGAGACACAACAACCAGGUCUGAAACCAGCAACACUGACCAGCAGAGACGCACAACAACCAGGUCUGAAACCAGCAACACUGACCAGCAGAGAGACACACCAACCAGGUCUGAAACCAGCAACACUGACCAGCAGAGAAGGACAACAACCAGGUCUGAAACUAGCAACACUGACCAGCAGAGAAGGACAACAACCAGGUCUGAAACUAGCAACACUGACCAGCAGAGACACACAACAACCAGGUCUGAAACCAGCAACACUGACCAGCAGAGACGGACAACAACCAGGUCUGAAACCAGCAACACUGACCAGCAGAGAGACAUAACAACCAGGUCUGAAACCAGCAACACUGACCAGCAGAGAGACAUAACAACCAGGUCUGAAACCAGCAACACUGAACAGCAGAGAGACACACCAACCAGGUCUGAAACCAGCAACACUGAACAGCAGAGAGACACACCAACCAGGUCUGAAACCAGCAACACUGACCAGCAGAGACGGACAACAACCAGGUCUGAAACCAGCAACACUGACCAGCAGAGACGCCCACCAACCAGGUCUGAAACCUGCAACACCGAACAGCAGAGAGACACAACAACCAGGUCUGAUACCAGCAACACUGACCAGCAGAGAGACACACCAACCAGGUCUGAAACCAGCAACACUGACCAGCAGAGAGACACAACAACCAGGUCUGAAACCAGCAACACUGACCAGCAGAGACGCACAACAACCAGGUCUGAAACCAGCAACACUGACCAGCAGAGAGACACACCAACCAGGUCUGAAACCAGCAACACUGACCAGCAGAGACGGACAACAACCAGGUCUGAAACCAGCAACACUGACCAGCAGAGACGCCCACCAACCAGGUCUGAAACCUGCAACACCGAACAGCAGAGAGACACAACAACCAGGUCUGAAACCAGCAACACUGACCAGCAGAGAGACACAACAACCAGGUCUGAAACCAGCAACACUGACCAGCAGAGACGCACACCAACCAGGUCUGAAACCUGCAACACCGAACAGCAGAGAGACACAACAACCAGGUCUGAAACCAGCAACACUGACCAGCAGAGACGGACAACAACCAGGUCUGAAACCAGCAACACUGACCAGCAGAGACGGACAACAACCAGGUCUGAAACCAGCAACACUGACCAGCAGAGAGACACAACAACCUCUACUAAAGGUAUUUGA